AUGUUCUCCUCCUUCACCUCCUCAUCUGCCAUCUCCAAUCUCGGCUCCCGCCUCACAAACCUCCGUCGUGCUAUCACUCUCGGCGAUGAGGGCGACGACCCCGACAACGAGGAUUGCUCGCACAUCUCCAACGCCCUACGCGCAUACUACACCGAAAAAGGCCGCCCCUUCCCACCCUGGCUACCCCCAGACCCCAAGGCGCCGGCACCAUCACCCUCGCGCAUCAUCGCAACCACCCAGAUCCCUGCCUCGGGCCCCUACGGCCAGCCGGCGGCUGCUGUCUCAGCCCCUCACGCCCGCAGCGGCGGCGGACUAGGUGAUCUGUGGGGUGACACCGGGAACGCCCCGCUACCAACCCAAACGUCGAGUCUGCGACGGCCAAGGGGACGUGGAGGAGACGGUGGUGCUAGCAGUGUUCCUCCGGGGGUGAACGUGCACCCUCCGCUCUUGCCUGCCAUCAGCGCGCCUGCGGGUUCCAUUCAGUCACCUCCUCCAACCUCGUCUCCGCCGCCGGGCUCGCUGCACCCGUCUGGGGCUCGCCCGCUGCCUAGUCAGCGUGCGGGCUCAUAUCAGGGCCAGUCAGCGCCGUUGGAUCGGACCGCUUCGUCGGCGCAGGAGAGACUUCGGGCUAGACUGCAUGGGGGUCAGCGGUCGCCAAGCCCUAGGGAGGAUCCGAGUGUGCGCAAACCCGUUGGCCUGUCGGGCCGACGAUAA